GUGCGUACAAUUGACGUCUCCGUUACACAGCGCCUCCAUGUAGCGUCACGAAACUGAACCGCUCUGUUUUCAUCGCUAACUACCAACGUGCUCCAGCUAACAACUCUACUUCCUUUUUUAAAUCCGACAAAUAAACCCAGAGGCCCAGGAAAAGGGAGGAGAAAUAUGGUCACACCGGCACGGAUCUGGAGAAAAAGCCGCCGCCCCGGAGGAGACAACCUGACACCGGCUUGUGACUGCUCUGCACACGGGAACUGAGGCGCUCACGGGCGGAUAAAACCACAACAGCACUGGGCUCCUCUUCCCUUUCCUCCUCCAUUUUGACCGUGGAUGAUGGAGCACAUCCGGACCCCCAAGGUGGAACAGGUGCGUCUGCUGGACCGCUCCUCAGGUCAGAGAAAAGCAGCUGUGGGAACUCUGUAUCUCUCAGCCACUCAUACCAUCUUUGUGGAGAACAACCCUGAGACACGCAAAGAGACCUGGAUAUUGCACAGUAUGGUGAGCAGUGUGGAACGGCCGCCUCCCUCCCCUGUUGGCUCUCAGCUCCUGCUCCGGUCCAAAGACUUCCGGGUUUUCCAGCUGCUCAUCCCAAAUGAGAGGGACUGUCUGGACCUGCACGCAUCACUCACACGCCUCUCCAAACCAGAGAAGUACAGUGAAUUGUACUGUAUGUCCUUUAACCCAAAUGUGAACAAAGAGGAGAGGGAGGAGUCCUGGAGCUUCAUAGACCUGAUGGAGGAUUACAAGAGGAUGGGCGUCCCCAACAACCUCUGGGUCUGCACCAUGGCCAACAGUGAAUACAGGAUUUGUGACACAUACUCGUCAGAGCUGUUUGUGCCUAAAUCUGCCACUCCGGCUGUGAUUGUCGGGAGCUCCAGGUUCAGGAGCAGAGGACGAUUCCCAGUGCUCUCCUACUUCCAUCAAGAUACACUGGCUGCUGUUUGCCGGUGCAGCCAGCCUUUGUCUGGGUUCAGUGGGCGCUGUACAGAAGACGAGAUGAUGCUUCAGGCCAUAAUGAAAUCCAACCCGGGCAGUGAAUACAUCUAUGUGGUGGACACCAGGCCCAAGCUGAAUGCGAUGGCCAAUAAAGCUGCAGGAAAAGGAUAUGAGAACGAGGACCACUACACCAACAUCAAACUGCAAUUCAUUGGCAUUGAGAACAUUCAUGUGAUGAGGAGCAGCCAGCAAAAGAUCAUAGAUGUGGGAGAACUGCGAGCCCCCUCCAUGACAGACUUCCUAUGGGGUCUGGAGAACUCUGGGUGGCUCAAACACAUUAAAGCUGUUCUGGAUGCCGGAGCUUUCAUCGCCAGGGCGGUAGCGGAUGAGGGCGUGAGUGUGCUGGUUCACUGCUCUGAUGGUUGGGACAGAACAGCUCAGGCCUGUUCUGUGGCUAGUGUCCUGCUCGACCCAUUCUACCGCACCAUCAAAGGACUCAUGGUGCUGAUAGAGAGAGACUGGGUUUCCUUUGGUCACAAGUUCUCCCACAGAUAUGGUCACUUGGACACAGACCCGAAGGAGGUGUCUCCUGUCAUAGACCAGUUCUUAGAAUGCGUGUGGCAGCUUUCUGAGCAGUUUCCCUGUGCCUUUGAGUUUAACGAGAGCUUCCUGACCCAGAUUCACCUGCAUAUUUACUCCAGUCAGUAUGGAACUUUCCUCGGCAACUGCCAGAAGGAAAGACGCGACAUGAGGCUUUGUGAGAGGAGUCACUCUGUGUGGCCUCAGCUUUGGAAGGAGCGUGCUCAGUUCUUGAACCCUCUGUACAAAGCAGAACUGACCCAGAGCCAAGGCAUUUUAAGGCCCAAUACUUCACCAUUCUGCUUCAAGAUGUGGAAGGGCCUGUAUAACCGCACAGAGAGGCCAACCCAGGCACCUGUUGACCUCCUGUCUGCAGUGAGAGCGGAGUCACAGCAGCUCGAGGAGGAACUGACCAAUCACGAGGAGAGGAUAGCAGCCCUGAGCGGUCGUCCAAUCACGUGGGAGAAGAUUGAUGUUCCCCGGCGGAAGAUCAACCAAUCAUAUCUGCGUUUCUGUGGACCAGACCCGCCCACAAUAUAUCACUACCCAAUCACCAGCUCUGAUCCAGACCGCGCCCACAAACUCUGCCACGUACCGGCCAAUCAGACGCCUCCGCUGCAGGUCAGAGGCCACAACCCUGACGACUUCAGUGAUUUGGAGUCUGGAGUAGCAGACUUUAGCCGAUCGUCAAGUGGAUGUGAUUACAGUAAGGACCAGAAUGUAAAUGGAUUCAACUCAACAGAGGGUUUAAUCGGAGCACACUGAAGAACAGACAAACACAUCAUAGUUUUAAAGAACACAUAUUAGGCAUUCUUGUGGCUUUAAUGCACUUUAAACAUGCUUUUGGCCACAUGGGGUAACAGGAAUACUAUGCUAAUAGAGCAAUGCCAGUUUGGCCACAGAAUGAGUUUGGUGAUGGUUUAUGUUUAAAAAAGUGCAUAGGAGAAGUUUGGAAUUUUAUCUGGGAUGCAACAGGCAAAAUGUAAAAGAUAUGAUAGUAUAGAUUAUGAUUAAAGCUCAAAAAUAGUACAUUUUGUAUAAUACCUGUUCUUUAAUAACUUAAAGGGAGAAAAUGGCGGCUAAAGAAAUAGCAUUCCUUUCUUUUCAAGUAUUUUAAAACAUGAUUUAAUACUGUUUAAGGUCGUUUUCACACUACAACUAGUUAGGUGUAUGUAUGUAUUAUGUAAAAGAGGCUCUGAGCGCUAUGCACUUGGGCCAGUGCAAACCCAACAGUUGCAUCCUGAUUCACAUUAAAAGCCCUCUCCAAGAGCACGUGCUUUCAGAGCAGCUCCACUCGCACUCUGGAGUGGGGCAAAUCUGGUGUGAAUGCGGUCGACCUUGAGACGACCUACGCAGUUUGCGGUGCAAAUUAAAGUGCUUGAAACUGGGUAACAAAGGGCUCGGACAUGUUCGUCUCAUGAGGCCAUUUGGAUCAACUUAAUAUCAGCGACACGUCUCCUGCAUCUGUCUGAGCAGGUGAGCCUGGGUCUGUUUGUGUGUUGUUCAGAAAACCUUUUCUCUGCUGUCACCCUCACGGUGUUUAGCCCUAGGUUAAAGAAAAGACUACAGUGUAUAGCACCAGGGAAGUGAACGUGUGCGUGCAUAUUCACAGGGCUCUGUCUGUUUGUCAGAGAAAUAGGUUGAUCAACUAAUGACCUCUCACAUGGCUCGUGGUGCAUGUUUGGGGUGAAUGAUGCGAGGUGUAUGUGAACAAGACCAACUCAAAAGUGAAGUAAACAGAACUAAAUCUAUUGCACACUAGGGUCGGUCCACGGUGUGUAUUAAAGUGUGAAAAUGACCUAAGUUGCACAUUUUUAUUUUUAUGGAUUUAUGUGGAUUUAUUGUUUUAAGUACACUUCUCAAAGCACUACUGAGCUUCAAAUGGCCUGUGAGAAUCUAAUACUCUGUUUAGAUCAUAACAUUUUACAAAGAAAAACUUUUGGACUUUAAUUUACUGAAGAAUGGCUAUGUAAUCAUUUAAGUCACAUAAUUUUCCCUGUAAAAAACAAAACAAAACACAAAACAAAAAAACAAUAUGCUGCCUAACCAUGCAAGUUAGACCUCUUUAAGUUUGGAAUAACUGAUGUGGGGAAAAAAAUCCUACUGUGAAAACCAUUUAGCAAUAUUUGUCACAAACUACACAACUACAAUUAAAUAUUUUUUCCAAGAUUUGCUCUCACUCUUCAGUGUCAGACAUAGUGUUAGACGUUGUGUAAUCUGUUUCAUGACAGAUUACUGUACAUCUAAACAAAACAUUCUUUACCAUUCCUUUAUGUUCUUGACCUUUUAUGAAUUUAACUGAACAGAAAUGAACUAAAUACUACCUACUACAGAAAACUAAAGCACAGAUUUUUUAUUGGGAUGACAAGAUCAAUGACCAGAAUUUAGCGUGAAAUUUCAAAACUCUGACACAAAACUUUGAUUCUGAAAAAAAGUAAAAUCAUAAAUCAUCAGCACAGAAAAUUCUCUAAUCAUAACUAUAGUGCUAUUUAGACAUGUUUUGGCCCUCAUUAAUAUUAUGGUUUCUAGGUAACAGUUAUGAAAUUAUCUCUAUGUAUGUCAUAUGUGCUUCUUGUGUCCAACUAGGAAGUAAAAUCAAUUUCACCAGAAUGAAAAAAAACUAGUCAAAACUAGGCAAAUUAUUUUGUAAAAUUGGGAAUAUAAUGAUGCUAACUAUGUUUUAGUGAAAAUGUACUCUAACCUGUCAUAUGCAUGGGACUGAUCACAAGACAAGUGAAAAUACUCCAUAGGAAAAGUUUGAAUUGUUUUAUUUUUUUAACUGCACUUAUUUCAAUUGUAUUUACAUUGACAGCUUAAAUAAAGGCAGUAUUUUUAUCAUGAUCUGUGGAUCAGAAAAAUACGGAACAGUAGAACUGACAAACGUGGGUUAAACAUUUUUACCGGCCCAACAGCCCAGAGCCUUUGGAUAUGAAUAGACAGGCACAGUGGAUGUGUGUGCUCUGGUGUGUGUUCUGGUGUGUGCUCUGGUGUGCGCUCUGGUGUGCGCUCUGGUGUGCGCUCUGGUGUGCGCUCUGGUGUGCGCUCUGGUGACAAUAGACAGGCACAGUGGAUGUGUGUGCUCUGGUGUGCGCUCUGGUGUGCGCUCUGGUGUGCACUCUGGUGUGCGCUCUGGUGUGUGCUCUGGUGUGCGCUCUGGUGUGGGCUCUGACUUCCAGUUGUAUUGACACGUGUAAAAGGCAGACCCCAGAGCUUAUUAGAAUACAAGUCAGUGGAGUAGGAGUGUCAUGGAGCUUAUCUAGUCGUUAGACAUAAGCAAAAUGAUAAGUGCUUGACUCUCCUCCUAUUCAUUGCUGCAGAUCAUACAAAUCGCGAUAUUCAGUGACAUGCUACUAUUCAGUGCAUUGGAUACGAGCUUAAAAUGUUAAAAAAGUUAAAAAGAGAAACUGAUGUGGUUAAAAUGUGACACUGAUGUCUUAAAAGUUGUAAUUGCGUUUUAACGAAAAAAUAUUCUCUUUUUAACUUACUACUUAACUUACUAACAAAAAGCCAGUAAAAAUGUUUAGUUGUUUGUCAUUUUUGUCAGUUGCCGUAAGAAAACACUGGAACAAAAUGAGAAAUGAUUCCUGUUUACAAUUCUUUUUAUUUAUUUUUUGUUAUAUUUUGUGCAAUGUAUUAUUUAAACAUCACUAUUUUUUGUAUUUCAAGAUUUUACUUUUUUAUUUGUUAAGACAAAAAACCCUUUUGUUGAAACGUUUGAUACAUACAUGAUGACUGCAAAAACAUGGUCGUAUGGAACUGUUUUGAUGCUGGAAUGAGCCUAAAUAAUGAGAAACAAAGUCAGAGAUGUGUCUACUUUAAAUGAAUAACUUCUUAAGUUGCAUUUACUUAAAUUCAGAAUCUUUACUGUUUUUGAAUGAAACUCAAGACGUGUUACAUUUUGGACAAAGGUUUUCUCUUAAGUGAUUUGAAUAGAUUGGCCUCAGAUUUUGGGACCAAGACUUCUCUGUACAUUUACCUGUGUAUCCUGUGAUGUGUGUCGUGUUUAUCAUUAUUGUAAUUAUCAAUAAAUGCACUGUACAAAGGGACAGACCAACUACUCAAAA